CAAUAAAAUAUAUUUUUUUAAAAAAACGACUGUCCUCUCCAACAAGUCCAACACUACAGUUUUUCUUAAUGAAAAAAAAAACUAUAAAAAAAUGUUUUAAGCUCCCAGAUAAUUCUGUUAGCCAGGAUCGGGGACAACUAAGUCACACUGUAAAGGUACACACUUAGCUCUAUGUAAGCGACCACCACGGACCCGAAACAUCCCCAGUGGAACUAAUCCUAUGCCAGUGAAACACUGCCCCUGUACUGGGGGAGGGGCGAAGGCCACUGACAUCUAAACAGUUAGGUUAAAAGUUGGGUUUUUUAAUUUUAAAUGUAGUAAUUCUAAUUUUUUAUUUUAAUGUAUAAUUGUGUUUUAGCUUUGUUAGUUUUUUUUUUUUUUAUCUAUAGCUAAAUGGAAAGAGAAAACAGAAUCUUACAUGUAAGAUAAUUUGGGUAUGUUUUUGUGAUCAAGUAGGAAGUCCUAAAACCUGUGCUUAUAUUUGACAUCAUGUGAGAUAGGAACAAAGUAUGAAAAAGUCUGACUCUGAUACAGAAAUGAGUCGUGUUCAUGGAUACGGCUCUCAACAAUUCUAGAACAGUUCUAGAACUCACCUGAGGAAUCAUAAAGACUCGGAAACUGACCACUUCCGCAACAAGUUUCCCUGACCUCUGAAGUCCUCAAUCUUACGUGUUUCUCAUGGGAAACAUAGUCAAGAGAGGCAGCAGGGAGCUGGUCGCUGACAGGGCCAAGUCCCUGGAGGAGGGCCCACGUGAAGUGGUCCACACCAGACUCUACGAAGCCAUCAUGACAGAAAACUGUGCUGCCAUCCAGGCCCUGCUGCGCAGCCACCCCGUCAACCAGCCCCUGACGGUCCUGACCAACUCCACCAGCUGCGGGUUACUUCUGACACAGACGCAGUCCAUCAUCCCCAUCCACCUGGCUGCCGAGCACCGCAAGGCACAGAGUCUGCACUGUUUGUUAGAACACGGUGCUGACCCGGAAGUAAGGGACACACGAGGCCUCACCACACUUCACCUGAUGCUACUGCACUGGCCAAUCACCUCUACCGUCCAGACAAAGCCAGGGAACAGAAUCCAAAGGCUCCUGGCGGACAUUCAGAACAACGCCGUGACGUGUCUCCGCAUCCUGUGUGAGCACGGAGCUCAAGUGAACGCUCAGGUGAACAACAGCCACAAGCACUCCGCCCUCCACCUGGCGAUAAGAUACGGGACCUACCCGGUCCUCUCCAUUUUAGCCCAAAACGGCGCCCAGGUGAAUGCCAUUAAUGAAUCCAGCAUGACUCCCCUGCACAUGGCGGCAGACAUACUGAACAAGGAGAUGAUGGAAACGCUCAUUGCCUGUGGAGCCAAUGUCAACUACGCCGUCCCUUUCACGGGGAACACGGCCCUGAAGCUGGCGGUGUGCGCCGCGUCCAGCAAAGCGGGCCGAGUGCUGGCCGCAGGGCUGAGCUGCAUCCGGCUGCUGCUGACUCACGGAGCCCAAGUCAAUGUCCAGGACCACAAGGGCCAAACAGCCAUCCACGAGGCAUGUUUUGCCGGCAGAGAGACAGUCAUCGAUCUCUUGCUUGAAUUUGAAGCCAACAUUAACAUCCUCACAAAAAACGGGGAAUCUCCCAUACACAUGUACCUCCAGCGCAGCUCCAACAUAAGGGACACAGUGCUGCUUGCCAAGCUGCUUUACCGCUCAUACCCCUUGAGACUGACCAAUAACCAAGGAAUUCUGCCUGCAGGACUCAUGCUAUCAGAGUUCCAACUCUUAAGGGAAUCCCUAAUCAAGUUGUCGCAAAAACCCUUCUCCCUAGAGGAUAUCUGUAAGAGAAACAUCAGGAACAUGUAUGGGGAGAGAUACAAACAGCAUGUGAAGCGCCUCCUCCCGGAGAAGAUCUGGAAUUCUGUCUACGGGUAUUAUGACCUGGCUUGCCUCUUGAAAUAAGACCUCACAGUGUCACGGUGCCACAGGAUUUCAGAAUUCCAAUCGCGGUUUCUGGCUAGACUGGUACCCAGAAAACAAUCCAUUUGCCUCAUCCAUCCCAAAUGUACAAACUACUGGUUCUUAAACUUCUUCAAAAAAUAAAAUGAUUUGCAUAUUACCUUUUUGUUUCUAGACAUUCUUUUAAAUGCAUUUUUCAUGU